AUGAGUAACCUCGCAAUAUCUCCUGCAGAACUAGUCAAUGUUCUUAAUCAUAUAUCUGGAGUAAGAUGGCCUCAAAAGAUGAAAGCACCAGGGGAACGAAGAGACACAUCAAAGUGGUGCGACUUUCACUCUGACCAUGGUCAUCGAACAGAAGAUUGCAUCACGUUGAGAAUGGAAGUAAACGAGCUACUAAAAAAAGGUCACUUGAGAGAAUACUUGUCCGACAGGGCUAGGAGUCGCAUCGACGACAGAAGCAAUGACGAGGUGCAAAGAAAACCAUCUCCUGCUCAAUCUCCGAGCAUGAUCGAAUCAUCAACGUGA